AUGAAAUCCAUCCCUUCAAUCUUGGCGGUUGCCGCCAUACCUUCCCUGGCCUCUGGUCAAUCCUUCCAGUCCACUCCCGUCAUGGGCUGGAACUCAUACAAUCAGGUUUCAUGCAGCCCCAACAACAAGACCAUCGCCGCAGCUAUUGAAGCUCUCUCUAGCCGUGGUUUCGUCGAUGCUGGCUACAAAUUCUUCCAGAUCGACUGCGGUUGGGCCUCUCGCGACACACAGCGUGACCCAACCACGGGUGCGCUGAAGAUUGAUUCCAAUGCCUUUCCAGACGGUCUUAAGCCUUUGAGUGACUUGGCUAGGUCCAAGGGCAUGAAGUGGACCAUGUAUUCCGAUGCUGGUGAGCGUAUGUGUGAUCCCCAGUACCCAUCCCCUGUGCUGGGAUCCUUGGGCCACGAAGCCGUCGACGCCGAGUUCUUCAAAUCGUUAAAUACGGAGUAUUUGAAAUAUGACAACUGCUACGCUGAUAGCACCACCAACAAUGCCCCCAAGGAUCCACGAACUGACUUUAUCACUCGUUUCGGCACAAUGUGGAGCGAGUUGCAGAAGGUCGGAAUUCCUGGAAUGCUCAUUUGCCAAUGGGGUGUUCCAUACUCCUCGUCUAGUGGCCUCGAAGGUCCCGCCGAAUGGACGCAGAGUGUAUCUACCUCUUUCCGCCUUUCAGACGACAUUGGCGAAGGCUGGAGCAAUGUGUACCGCAUCUCCAACCAAGCCAUCCACAUUGCACACAGGAACCUCUCAGGUCCUGGCCACAUUGCCGAUGCUGAUCUUCUCGAGGUUGGUAACUCUGGUAUGACGUUCGACGAACAGGCGACCCAUUUUGCUCUAUGGGCUAUGCUCAAAUCCGCUCUCAUGAUCUCCACGGAUAUCACGGCGCUGUCGGCCCAGACCGUGGCUGUUCUUCAGAACAAGGACUUGAUCUCAAUCAACCAAGACUCAGCCGUCAAGCCCAUCAGCUUAAUGCAGCGAUGGACCAGCGAUCGAGACUUGUGGGCGGGACCGCUUGCUAACGGGGAUGUUGCAGUCUUGUAUGUCGACCAGAGCAACAGUGCUCGAACCCUUAGCCUCCAGCUCUCCGCCCUCGGCUACCAAUCAGCCGAUAUCAAGGAUCUCUGGACGGGCAAAACUACCACUGGAGCUUCGUCCUUCUCGAAGCAGGUCAACGGCCAUGGCUCUGUCGCAUUGCGUCUCUCAAACAUCAAGAAAGCCAGUAGUACAGUCAAUUACAAGUAUACUUCUGUCUCCACCGGGUCGUUAUCAUCAGGGGCACAGACUGCCUCUUGCUCUGGCUGCACUUCCUCGACCAAAGUCGGCAACCUCGGUGGCAGCUCCAACGGCCAGGUUGUCCUCUCGAAUAUCAGCACGUCCAAGACCACUCAAAAUGUUCUAUUUGAUUACAUCAAUGGUGACGUAGGUUUCGGCGGUAGUUCCAACGAGCGUCUGGCUUCUAUCAAGGUCAAUGGCGGUACUGCGAAGACAGUGAGCUUUCCACUGACGGGUUACAACUGGGAUAAGGAUGUGUACAAGGGCUAUGCUGUAGAGCUUUCUGGCUUCAGCACCAGUGGGCCAAACACCAUUACAAUUUCGGGUGUCAAUGGUGGUUGGGCACCUGAUUUCGACAGACUGGCUGUUGUGGCCUAA